UCGUUUGUGCCAGUUUGUGCUCGCUCUCCUUCAACUUCAACGAACGAACGGUGCUGACCGUGCUGACGACGGUGUCUCGCUAUUGUAACAGUAGAAUCACAGUUUUCUUCUGUUUCCUCUACAAUAGGUUUUUUUCUUUAAAUAAGUACGUGCUGUGAUAUCUCGUCUAACGAGGAGUAACAUCGCGACCGUUCGAAAAUGAAGUUUCCUACGCUAAUUUUAGCGUUUAUUUGUUUAUUCGCAUCGACUUUCGCGAAAAUUGAAACCGAGGACUCGGUUUUAGUUCUGACGAAAGAUAACAUCGAGGAAGCUAUCAAAAGUAACGACUAUCUCCUCGUCGAAUUUUAUGCACCAUGGUGUGGCCAUUGCAAGGCGUUAGCUCCCGAGUAUGCUAAGGCAGCAAAGAAAUUAGAGGAGACCGGAUCCCCUAUAAAAUUAGCUAAAGUCGAUGCGAUCGUUGAAACGAAAUUGGCAGAGGAGCAUGGAGUACGUGGCUAUCCUACCCUCAAGUUUUACCGUAAGGGAUCUGUUAUCGACUACGGUGGUGGUCGUCAAGCAGAUGACAUCAUCAAGUGGGUAACGAAGAAGACUGGUCCAGCUGCUAAAGAUUUGCCAACAGUUAAGGAGGCUAAAGACUUUAUCGAAGCGCAUGAUGUGGCCACUAUUGGAUUCUUUAAGGAUGUGGAAUCUCUUGAUGUAAAAGCAUUCUUGGAAGUUGCUGCUACUGUAGACGAUCAUGCAUUUGGUAUAAGCAGCAACGAAGAAGUUUUCAGUGAAUACGGAGUAGAGGAUGGUAAAAUUGUUUUGUUUAAGAAGUUCGACGAGGGCAAGGUCGAAUUUAAGGAUGAUAUCGAUAUUCUGAAAUUACAAAACUUUAUCGCUGUAUAUUCACUGCCAUUAGUUGUUGAGUUUAAUCAAGACACUGCACAAAAGAUAUUCAAUGGCAAUAUCAAGAGCCACCUUCUUGUCUUCCUUAGCAAAGAAUCUGGCGAUUUCGACGAGUACGUGGAAAGGCUUAAAGAACCGGCGAAGAAAUUCCGUGGAGAGGUUUUGUUCGUGACGAUUAGUGCCGACGAGUCCGACUAUGACCGUAUCUUCGAAUUCUUUGGUAUGAAGAAGAGCGAGGUACCUGCUAUGCGUAUCAUUAAACUCGAACAGGACAUGGCCAAAUACAAACCGGACAAACCGGAAAUAACCAGUGAAAACGUUUUGGAAUUUGUAACUGCGUUCGUCGAGGGAAAAACGAAGAAACACUUGCUUACGCAAGAUUUGCCCGAGGACUGGGACAAGAAUCCUGUCAAAGUCCUCGUUAGUACUAACUUCAAUGAAGUUGCAUUCGAUAAGACGAAGAACGUUUUAGUUGAAUUUUACGCUCCGUGGUGCGGACAUUGUCAGCAGCUGAUUCCUGUUUAUGAAGCACUUGGCGAGAAAUAUAAAGAUAGCGAAGAUUUAGUGAUAGCCAAGAUGGAUGCCACCGCGAACGAAGUGGAGAGUGUGAAGAUCAUUAAUUACCCAACGAUUAUCCUUUUCAAAAAAGAGUCUAACGAUCGCGUGGAAUACAACGGGGAGAGGACGCUCGAAGGACUUUCAAAGUUCAUCGAAUCCGAUGGUGUCUACGGGCAAGCUGCAGAAGAAGCUCAAGAAGAGGAUGAAGAUGAUGAUGUGCCAAGGAAAGAUGAAUUAUAAGAAUAACGUACAUCGUGUCACAAAGGAACAUAUUUAAUAAUUUCUCAUAAUUACUGUUCACAAAGUUUUAAAGAAUAUUAAUUUAUAGCAGAGCUAUUAAGUAAUCGCUCAUCUUUUUUUAUCUUAGCAUUUUCAAGCUUAAGUUUACGAAUAAACUUUUUCAUACUAUACGAUUAACUUUAGGAUUCCUUUGCAGUUUUUACACAACCAUCGUUUACAUAAACGUAUAAGCACACACAAGUUAUUCUGUGUACGUACAUGUAAACGUGUAGACGUGCUACGAUUGGCAUAAUUCAGUCUAGAACGUACAGUUCGUCCGGCUGAAUGUAUCUGAUGUGAUGAGAAUUGCACACGGGAAUAAAGCAAUUUAUUUUAUAUAUGUGUUAGACUUAAAAGCUAUUUUACAUGGAUCAUAUCAGAUGUACGAAAAUUAUCUAUAUGUACAUCAGAACAAACCAAACGAUCGCGACACCGUACGUGUCGCUGUCAUUGUCUUCUAUCUUCAUUUCUUUUAUACAUCACUUACUAUUCUGAACAUUUUAACGUUUAGAUACAUAAUACAUUCUAUCUUGUGGUGUUGAUGUACGAUGAUGUAAACAUGUGAAAAAUCAGUAAGCUAAGGUUUCGGCAAAAAG